ACACACAAGUUCACUUCAUUUACUACACAUUAAUUUCUUUCUCACUCUCUCGAAAUCACACGAUGAAAAGAUCCUCCGCCGUCACGUCACCGCCAUCUCUCUCCCUCUUUCUCCUCCUGCUCCUACCAUUGCUAGCUCAAUCCUCCGACGACCUUAUCGACAAAAUCUGCAGAGUGACGCCGUUCAUCGACCUCUGUGAAGCCUCUCUCCGCCCUCUCACUCCCUCACCUUCCGACCCCAAGUCUCUAGCCUCGGCCAUGGCUUCCGUUGUUCUUGGUAACAUGACUGAUACGUUAGGCUAUAUCCAAUCACUGAUCAGACACUCUCACGAUCCUGCGGCAGAGCGAGCACUAGCUCAGUGCGCUGAGCUGUACCGGCCGGUGGUCAAGUUCAACAUUCCUCAGGCGAUCGACGCAAUGCGGCGAGGAGAGUUAGGGUUCGCGACGUAUGUGCUCGGAGACGCUGAGAAACAGACUGACACUUGCCAGAAGUGGAUCAACAGUGCCGGUGCUGAUGAUGAAAAUUCGGUGGCUCUUACGGCUAGAAACAAGCAGGUUAAGAAUCUUUGUGACGUGGCCAUUUCUGUGAUUAAGUCUCUAAUGAAGGGUCGUUAAGACAAGAAUCUUUGUUUCUGUUGCAGAUAAUAAUUAUAUAUUACAUAUUUGUAAUUAUUGAUACGAACAAAUUUCUGUUU